CGUCAGUCCUCCCCUCACACGGGCCGCCACCGCCGCAGCACACUCCGCGUUGCCAUGGUGACCCCAUAAACAAGUGUCCCGGGGCAGGCAGGCUCCCGGACGCUGUUUUACGCCUCUUGUCAUGGGCGGCGAGGCAGUGGCGUGCUCCUGAGCCAGAGAGAGGCGUGCAGCGGCGUGCUGAGCGGCCGUGGGCGUGCUGCCAUGGGAUGUGAGGCACGGGCGGGCGCCAGGCACGGGCUUACGCAGAACUUCGUCGCUCGGGCGCUGCGUCAGGCGGCACCGAGGGGCCUUUUGACUCAAGGUGCUGCUGCUGCCAUUGCCUCUCAGCACUCACAGCACUCAGCUCGGCCACUAGCACACUGCCAAGGAGGAGUGUGAGGCGGCACUGAGGGAUGAUGGAAGAUGCCAACACUGAGUGCAAGAAGUUCUGUGCAGACUGGGCCAGCUUCCACAAGGUGACACAGGUGUUGGUGAAGGCCGUGCGCAGGAUCCACCAUGGGGUGCGCGAGGAACACACGCGUCUCAGCGAGGGCGACCGCCCCUCCAGACUCAGGUCCACGGUGCUGGCCAGGCACGAGUCGGCCUACAAGAAGGUCAUACUCGGCCUCCAGGACUACUCGGCCAACUUCCUGGAGAUGGAGGAGCAGUACCGGGAGUUGGUAAAGAACCGUAGUAAAUACUGUAGGAUUCAGUUCAGCCGCGUGGUGGAGAGGCACAGCCAGAUCGAGAUGCAGCGCGACACGAUACUCUUUUCUGUGGAGGGCAUGAUAAAGGCUCAGCUCCGAGUGGCCGCGAGUGACUUCACCGAGAGGUCCAAAAAGCUCCUGGACGCCGGGAUCUUUGACGUGAUCGGCGCGUACAACGAGGCGCUCGUGAAACUAAAACACAUCGUGCCUAAGAAGGACCCGCAGCAGGAGGAGGAGGAGGACGAGGAGGACGAGGAGAAGGAGGAGCGAGAGAAAAUGUACAGGACUGUUAUGCCCGACACCCUCGUCCCUCCCCUCUCCUGCCUCAAGCAAAUCACGGCUUCCAAGGUGCUGCAGACGGUGGCCCGGGAACGCGCGCCGCAGGUGACCCAGUGCAUCGCCGAGACCCUUCUCCAGGAGUUCAGGGUCCCGGCGGAGAACGGGACACCGCUGCCCUGGAAGCCCAUCACCUUCCACAGCAAGCCGGGCGUGGUGACGGGCGACAUCUUCGAGGACGCCAUCGCCAAGGAGGAGGACGAGAACAAGAUCAACCAGCAAAAACUUGACCUUGCCCUCAGGAUGGAGUUUGGCGAGGACUUCCCCGGCACGGACUACCUCCCCGCCAACGACUCCGGGGAGGCGGCGCGGCCCAUCUCUGGCUCCACUGUGGACGCGCUCAUCGCCACCAACACAGAACUGCUCAACCUCUUAGUAGAUAAGUUUACAAAGACAACGGGAGUGCUCGUGAAGGGGAUGGUGAAGCAAAGCAAGACGGGUGAGAAGCGGCUGAGCAAGGCGGCGCGGACAAGGAUAGAGACAUAUUACGUGGAGCGAGCAUGGGGCGAGGGCUCGGAGUUCGUGGAGGAGCUCAUGCUGUGGGUGCCGCCCUCCGCCCGCCCUCCGCCCUACCCCCCGCCAGCGCUUCUUCCACCGCAGACACUCUUCCACAUCCUCACCACCUUCCAGCACUUCUGCAAUCGAGCUCUUGUCCCUGAGUCAUGCCGUGCCAGCUGUGAGGGUCUGGUGGAUGAGUGCCGCCACCUGGCUACUAGCGGCAUCCUGGACUGGGGCAGUGCGCGGGGCGUGGGUGCGUACGCCCGCGCCAGCCCCCCGCCACACAAGCUGCCCGACGGGAACUACUCCACUGUCGGGGGCGAGGGCAUCGGGGACGUGGUGCAGCUGCUGGUGUGGGAGGUGAAUGAGAUCGAGCGCGUGGAGGUCGAGAAGGAGCCGAAGGACUGGGCCGUGGGGGAUGAGGUUGGUCUGCUGCUGCGGCUGGGUGGCGUUGUGGGCUCGGUGCUGUGUUGGCUGCAGCUGCGCGCCCAACACCUGCUGCACACCUGGAACACAGCGCCCUACUACCUGCUGACUCAAGCCGACCUGCCCAGGAUCAUUGAGGAACUGAAGCUGCUGAGGAUACAGGAACGAGAGCACCUGACCAAGACCGAUGACAUGGCCCGCCUCCUCUACUCCAUGUCCCGGGCAAAGCAGGUGGUCAUGAUAGAGAAGCUCGUCGAUAAGGUUAAGACGUACGAGGCCCAGAUGGUGGAUGCGGUGAGUGCCGUGUGCCGCACCGUGAGUCUGGCACAGCUGCAGAACUCCAUGCCCAACCCAAGGAUCUGGCGGGGCAUCGGCCGCAUCCCCCACGAGCCACACUACUACGUCUACGAGUACAUUGCUGCUGUGCUGGAGCCCGUGCUGGAUGCUGUGUCCAAGCUUGGUGUGGUGCUGCAGCGGAGGGCCGGCGCCACCAUCCUCAAGGUGGUCUGCUACGCAUGGCUGGAGCACAUCAAGGUCCAGAAAAUCAAGUUUUCCCUCUGGGGGGCACAGCAGCUGCUGAAAGACUUCCACGCGCUGGCGGAGUGGCUGCAGAAGUACCCCGGUCUGGCCCCCGAGGCGCGGACGCAGGUGCUGGCGGUGGACGUGCUGCGGGAGUGCGAGGGCGUGGCGCGGCUCCUCAUGCGGCAGCCGCCCCUCGUGGUGGGCUACACCUCGCAGAACCAGGUGGCUCCCAUGGGGCCCAUCAGUGCUGGACGGAAGCAUGACAAGGAGGUGAAGCUGAGCCAGGACAACGAUGACAUCCCGGCGGAGAUGUACGUGCCUAACCAGCAGCUGUGGCUGUCGCUGCGGGCGCGGCCGGCCUCCUCCGUGUGCGUCAAGAUGGGCUCCUGCUGCUCCUGGCCCUACUGAACGGAUGGCUCCUGAACCUCCUUGAAGUGCUCACUCAAUGGUCUAAUGCUGCUGCCAGUGAGUAGGGACGUCACUGCUGGAUGGGUGGUGCUGAGGGCAGUGAGUCAUGGCUAGUCGUGGCCAGUGGCGGGGCAGGACAGGCAGGUCACCCCGCCUGGUCUCUACUCGGGUGACCGGUGAAGGUGAAGGUCGCAGUGCUCACACAAACACAGAAUCUUAAAAUUUACCUCAGAUCAAAUUUUUCGUCAUUCUACACUUCAAAUUUCUGUACUUCUGAAGGUUUGUCCACAUAACCAGCAUUGUCUUGCUAUCAAUAAGGAGAGAAAUGAUCGCCGAAACACAUCCUGAAUUGGCUAGAGGCGCACUCGCUCAUAUCUGCAUUCUCCGAGAGGUCAGUAGUGACGAGAUUUGUUUUGUAGUUCUUAGUCUUCCCGAAGUACUACCGUCCUUACGAUGCUUAACCUUUUGAACAAGCUUUUUAAAUAGCUCUUUACAAACAUCAGACCGUAAAGUUAUUCUUACCAUGCUAAGUAGUGGUCGACAGGACACUUUAGUCUUCUCUCUUCUACGGCACGAGUGUAGCGACUAAGAGAUUUACAGCGUAGGUAGACACUUUGUACCGGGUUCCCUGGCAGCUAUUACUACUGUCUUGACGGUGCCACUCCUCCACUUGCUCCUCAGGCUCAGCAGGCGAGUGCUUACCAGCCAAGCGCUUGCACCACCUAGGGUCCACAGCCGCGCAUAGCUGCUGUGUGUGUGUGUGUGUGCCCCAGAGCCUGCGGCUUAGGACGCUUUUGAUUCACAAUUAUGUAUUUCUGUUUCAUGAUAAAAUAAUCUGUAAUGCCACUCAGCAUAUUGUGUUUGUUGAUGCUGACACAAACCCUCAGCAUCAGCACCAGCAUCUCAUCCAAGGCGGGCUGAUGAGGCAACGUGUUGACCCUCAGUGAAGAUAAAACUUCCUUAAAGUCAUCAUUUACAUUGGUGUUAACAGCGGUGCAUAAGUUUGUCUGCUCCUUCUUUCUGGCAUAAAACUCUUCACCAUGAGCAAAGGAAGCCUUGCCUGUCACUCAGCCAUCAGACUUACUCCAGUAAUAAUUGUUUGCCAAAACCUCACUGCAUCAGACACGGCUCAGGCACUGCCCUUCACUGUGUGCCAGCAAGGCCUCCUGCAGGGCAGCUGCCUCUGCCGUCCUCUGAACCUUGCAGGAUUAUAUCUAUGAUGUCUGCACUUGUAUCAUAUAUACAGUAUCUUUUGAAAUUAUAUUGUUUUAUAACAGCUUCUAGGAAGAUCUUAUGUAGAAGACACUUUGAGAUGAACUAUUAGUGGAAGUCUGAGGGAGGCUCAGGCACACAGAGUGAGCUGCUGAGCAAGACCCGGCCGGGAGACUCGCGGGCGUGCCAGACAUUCACGGCACCUCCGGCCAGGCCGACGCAGUGACCCGAGCCACUGCUGAGGCGCGGCUCCUCAGGCCGGGCGGUGGAGGCACGGGGCCGUGAGUCCUGCCUCCACCCUGGGGUCAAGGAGCAGCACCGGCCAUGCUGUGUGUACAUAUUUCCCGACAACUGUUUGCAUUUUGCCUGUUUGUGCCAUGAGGCUGACACUGCAUGCCCUGUGUGCAGCCUGUGCUGGCACGGGCAGCGUCACAGUGCCAUGCCCGGCCCUUGCCACCAGCGUGCUUGCGCCAACACACAGAAGGCUGCAGGCGGCGGGCAACACACAAACAGACACACAUACGCAUACACAGCUACACAGACACAGCUUGUCACUGCAAACACUUAAACCUCCUGGCCAGCAGUGUGUGUUACCUGCCUGCUGGGGGGAGGCUACACACACACACACACACACACACACACACACACACACACACUGUAAGCCUUCAGAGCACUGUUGUAUCAUUACUCAUUGUUAAAAUUUGUAGUUAGGAUUUUGUAGAUUUUCUAUGCAUUUAUGGCGACAACAACAACAACAACAACAACAACAACUUCAACAAUACAAACUAACGUAGAGACUAAAUAGAUAUAAAAAAAAACUGUUACUGAAUUUUCUAAGUGAAUACGUAGAUUAAUUUAUGCUUUCACAACAGGUUUGGGUGCUCUCUCUCUCUCUCUCUCUCUCUCUCUCUCUCUCUCUCUCUCUCUCUCUCUCUCUCUCUCUCCUUUCCUUUCCCUUAUUUUCCUUCCCUUCCCUUUCUUUUCUUUUCCUUUCCUUUCCUUUCUUUUCUUUUCUUUUCCUCUCUCUCUCUCUCUCUCUCUCUCUCUCUCUCUCUCUCUCUCUCUCUCUCUCUCUCUCUCUCUCUCUCUUCUCCUCCUCCUCCUCCUCCUUCUCCUCCUCUUAGGCAGCACACACAUUCACUAUGAGGUCAGUUCAAUGCAUUUAUUCAAGUAUUCCUAAAGGUAUUAAUAACCUGAGUAGUCUUAUGUUAUGGGCGUUGGUUAUGCAGUAAUACCUUGGCUUACGAAUGCCUUACUUUACGAGUGUUUUGAUUUACGAGAAAGAAAAAUUCACUAAAAAUACUUGGUGUGCGAGCGUCCUAUUCGUACAAGUCUUGACCUCUCUUUUUGGCCACUCCUCCGUACUCUAUUUGGGAUCAGUGAGUAGUGGGCUUUUUUUUUCAUUAUUAUUAGUAUUUUUUUUUCACGCCCUUGAACUGUCUCCUUUUCUGUAUAUAUGUAAAAGAAAAGAAAAAAGAGGUCGAAGACACGAGCGUGGGUUCCCUUUGUUCGCUGCAAGACGAGAGUGCUUGGAGCGGAAACCAAUAGGAAUGGGGUCUCAGGCUGCGCUGUACACUCGCAGAGGUAGCACCCACGCGCUCGUCUUUGCUUACGUUCGUGCUCCAGUGUGCGAUCUUUGUGUUUUCAGUAGUGCAGUGUGCUUCCGUUUCCGUUCACGAGUUUUUUGGUUUGCGAGAAAAAUUCCAGAAUGAAUUAAGCUCGUAAAGCGAGGUAUGACUGUAUAUGGCCAUGGUUAAGCGUAAAGACACUAUACGUAUACUGUUUUGGUGCCGCUGGUUAUGGGUGCGAGAGGGGCAAGAGUUGUAGCACAGGAGAGUGUGGUGACCUCCUUCAUCAUCAGAGGCAUCAUGUUGUUACUCUGAUGGAAGGUUACCACACUCGGGUCUCUACACAGCCAAUAUUUUUAUGCUGUUGGUUAUUACUGUCGAGUCUAAACACAUUACUUACUUAAGCGCUGUUGGUUAUGAGGAAGAUGAUGAGGCCUAAACAAAUAUACUAGACACUCUAUUUUAAUGCUGUUGGUUAUCAAUGUCGAGUCUAAACACAUUACUUACUUAAGCGCUGUUGGUUAUAAGGAAGAUGAUGAGGCCUGAACAAAUAUACUAGACACUCUAUUUUAAUGCUGUUGGUUAUCAAUGUCGAGUCUAAACACAUUACUUACUUAAGCGCUGUUGGUUAUGAGGAAGAUUAUGAGGCCUAAACAAAUAUGCUAGGCACUCUAUUUUAAUGCUGUUGGUUAUAUAGUUAAGUCUAAAUACAGAGAACCACUAACUAAGACGGCGUGUAAGUUUGUUCAGUACUUUCAUGCCGACGGUUACGACAAUUCUUAGGUUUAUUGACACAUAGAUUUUUAGGUUACGAUAAGGAGCCAAGAGGAACGUUCUUUUCUGGGUUAGAUUUCGUAUAGGUUUCUUGAAGGGCGUUAUUAGAGGUGUGGAUUCAUGGCGCUGAGAGGUGGAGUAGAAUGUGAGCUAUGAGGCGUCUGGAACCAAAGUGAGUUUCGAGAUAAUUAAGUUUAAUGUUUCGUAUCUUCGUAAUUAUUGCCUCAUUUCUUCCUCACACGGUUGCCUCUUCCUUUCCCUCCUCUCUCUCUUUCUUUCAACACAACCACCUCUUUCCUUCUCCUCCUCCUCCUCCUCCUCCUCCUCUUCCCUCUCCUCUGACGGCAUAUGACCACAGAUGUUGCGCCGACUAAACGAAACUUUCCAACUUCCUCUCCUUUGCCACACAAAUUCACAUAAUCACACUCUACGCUACCUCUCAGCGCCUAACAUGAGUCUUAGCUAGAAUUCGAGGGAUCAAAAAGGAAGGUUAAAAUAUACAUAGGAAUCUUCUAUCUAAUGGCCGGCUUUCUGGGUUGUCAUCGGUGCGGAAGGAUUACGUAUGGACUGUCUACUCUGUGUUCCGUUACUGCACAGCUUCCACCACCUUCCUCCUCCUCUGGGGUUCGUAAUAUUGGUUUGUGUAUAAGAUUUCUUUUUGGACGUAGCAGCAUCGGCAGUUGUUGUGUUUGGAAUGUAACCGAAAUCCUUGAAAAAUAAAACAUUGGAAAAUCG